UAGUGAUGGCUAGGCCAGCGCAGGACAGCACCCCAGCCAGACCAGCAACACACACAACACCUCUUUUUACCUCUUCAGGGCAUUUCUACCUCAUCUGUGAGUACCCAGGGCAGCCAUUAAGCGCCAGAAAUAUACCCUAGCGCAACACGCUGGCGCUGGGCUUGCUACGGUGCGCAGGAAGUCCAGGUGACAAUAUUACAGGUGUUAUACUAUGAUGAUGACGUGAGGGCUAUGUGCUGGGUCAGCACCAUAACUCUCAAGCUUGGCUGACCACCCCUCAAGCUUACCUGACCAUCCUGAAGCUUGACUUCACCGUCUUACACCACCAGUGUCACAUCUUUACCCCACACAGUGUCACAUCCCUCUGAAGUACUUGAGCGCCGCAUCCCCGGCCACAACCACAGUGUGGCAUCCCUGGGCAGGGUGGACGGCCCUGUUAGACAAUGUCUGACGGAGGGCUGAAGGUGGAGCAGCCGAUGGAGAGUGUCGAGGCUCUGUCCAGGGAGGCUGAGGGUCUCAAGGUUAAGCUGGAGGAGGAGAGACAGAAACUCAACGAUGUUCCACUAACUACGGUGGCAGCGAGGCUCGAGGCUCUACCUCAGCUCAACAUUAAGCCCAGAAGAGUGCUGAAGGGUCACCAAGGCAAGGUGCUCUGCUCGGACUGGUGCAAUGACAAACGUCACCUGGUGUCAUCCUCUCAGGACGGCAAGAUGAUUAUAUGGGAUGCCUUCACUACCAACAAGGAACAUGCUGUCACCAUGCCUACCACCUGGGUCAUGGCUUGUGCUUACUCUCCCACCGGUACACUCGUCGCCUGCGGAGGGCUUGAUAACAAAGUCACCGUCUACCCUCUGAGCUUCGAUGAGGACGUCACUCAGAAGAAGAGAGCUGUGGGGACCCAUACAUCCUACAUGUCCUGCUGUACCUUCCCUUACUCUGACCAGCAGAUCCUGACGGGCUCUGGGGACUCUACCUGUGCUCUGUGGGACGUAGAGUCUGGCAUCAUGUUACAGAGCUUCCAUGGGCACCAAGGUGACGUGAUGGCACUGGACCUGGCACCUUCAGAGACUGGCAACACCUUUGUUUCAGGGGGCUGUGACAAGAUGGCACUGAUCUGGGACAUGAGGACAGGACAAUGUGUACAGAGCUUCGAAGGUCAUGAUUCUGACAUCAAUACUGUCAAGUUCUACCCGUCUGGUGAUGCUGUGCUGACCGGCUCUGACGACGCUACCUGCAGGUUGUUUGACCUACGCGCUGACCGUGAGAUCGCUGUCUACACCAAGGAGAGUAUUAUCUUCGGCGUCAACUCUGUUGAUUUCUCCGUUAGUGGGCGGCUGUUGUUUGCUGGUUACAACGACUAUACAGUCAACGUGUGGGAUACCCUCAAAUGCCACCGUCUAACUAUCCUCUACGGCCAUGAGAACCGAGUUUCCUGCCUCAAGAUGUCACCAGACGGUACCUCCAUAUCCACCGGAUCUUGGGAUUUCACACUCCGGAUAUGGGCGUAACUCUUGAACUUCACCGUCAUGAACUGUGAACACCAGCAUCAACAGUGAACACCAUCAUGAGCAGUGAAAACCAUCAUGAACAGUGAACAUCGUUAUGAACAGUGAACACCAUCAUGAACAGUGAACACCGUCAUGAACAGUGAGCAUCUACGCCAUGAACAGUGAACACCGUCAUGAACAGUAAGCAUCUACGCCAUGAACAGUGAACACCGUCAUGAACAGUGAACACCGUUAUGAACAGUGAACACCAUCAUGAAUAGUGAACAUCGUCAUGAGAAGUAAACGCCAUCAUGAACAGUGAACAUCAUUAUGAACAGUGAACACCAUCAUGAACAGUGAACACCAUCAUGAACAGUGAACACCAUCAUGAACAGUGAACACCAUCAUGAUCAGUGAACACCAUCAUGAACAGUGAACACCAUCAUGAACAGUGAACACCAUCAUGAGCAGUGAGUACCAGUAUGAAUAGUGAACACCAUGAACAGUGAACACCAUGAACAAUGAACACCAUGAACAGUGAACACCAUGAUCAGUGAACACCAUGAACAGUGAACACCAUCAUGAGCAGUGAACACCAUGAACAGUGAACACCAUGAACAGUGAACACCAUGAACAGUGAACACCAUGAACAGUGAACAACAUCAUGAACAGUGAACACCAUCAUGAACAGUGAACACCAUGAACAGUGAACACCAUAAACAGUGAACACUAUCAUGAACAGUGAACACCAUGAACAGUGAACACCAUGAACAGUGAACACCAUCAUGAACAGUGAACACCAUGAACAGUGAACACCAUUAACAGUGAACACCAUCAUGAACAGUGAACACCAUGAACAGUGAACACCAUGAACAGUGAACAUGAACAGUGAACAUCAUGAACAGUGAACACCAUCAUGAACAGUGAACACCAUGAACAGUGAACACCAUGAACAGUGGACACCAUGAACAGUGAACGCCAUGGACAGUGAACACCAUGAACAGUGAACACCAUGAACAGCGAACACCAUCAUGAGCAGUGAACACCAUGAACAGUGAACACCAUCAUGAGCAGUGAACACCAUGAACAGUGAACACCAUGAACAAUGAACACCAUGAACAGUGAACACCAUGAUCAGUGAACACCAUGAACAGUGAACACCAUCAUGAGCAGUGAACACCAUGAACAGUGAACACCAUGAACAGUGAACACCAUGAACAGUGAACACCAUGAACAGUGAACAACAUCAUGAACAGUGAACACCAUCAUGAACAGUGAACACCAUGAACAGUGAACACCAUAAACAGUGAACACUAUCAUGAACAGUGAACACCAUGAACAGUGAACACCAUGAACAGUGAACACCAUCAUGAACAGUGAACACCAUGAACAGUGAACACCAUUAACAGUGAACACCAUCAUGAACAGUGAACACCAUGAACAGUGAACACCAUGAACAGUGAACAUGAACAGUGAACAUCAUGAACAGUGAACACCAUCAUGAACAGUGAACACCAUGAACAGUGAACACCAUGAACAGUGGACACCAUGAACAGUGAACGCCAUGGACAGUGAACACCAUGAACAGUGAACACCAUGAACAGUGAACACCAUCAUGAGCAGUGAACACCAUGAACAGUGAACACCAUCAUGAGCAGUGAACACCAUGAACAGUGAACACCAUCAUGAACAGUGAACACCAUGAACAGUGAACACCAUGAACAGUGAACACCAUGAACAGUGAACACCAUCAUGAACAGUGAACACCAUGAACAGUGAACACCAUGAACAGUGAACACCAUGAACAGUGAACACCAUGAACAGUGAACACUAUCAUGAACAGUGAACACCAUGAACAGUGAACACCAUAAACAGUGAACACCAUGAACAGUGAACACCAUGAACAGUGAACACCAUCAUGAACAGUGAACACCAUGAAAAGUGAACACCAUGAACAGUGAACGCCAUGAACAGUGAACACCAUGAACAGUGAACACCAUGAACAGUGAACACCAUCAUGAACACUGAACACCAUGAACAGUGAACACCAUGAACAGUGAACACCAUGAACAGUGAAUGCCAUGAACAGUGAACGCCAUGAACAGUGAACACCAUGAACAGUGAACACCAUGAACAGUGAACACCAUCAUGAACAGUGAACACCAUGAAGAGUGAACACCAUGAACAGUGAACGCCAUGAACAGUGAACGCAAUGAACAGUGAACACCAUGAACAGUGAACACCAUGAACAGUGAACACCAUGAACAGUGAACACAAUGAACAGUAAACGCCAUGAACAGUGAACACCAUCAUGAACAGUGAACACCAUGAACAGUGAACACCAUGAACAGUGAACACCAUGAACAGUGAACACCAUCAUGAACAGUGAACACCAUGAACAGUGAACACCAUGAACAGUGAACACCAUGAACAGUGAACGCCAUGAACAGUGAACGCCAUGAACAGUGAACACCAUGAACAGUGAACACCAUGAACAGUGAACGCCAUGAACAGUGAACGCAAUGAACAGUGAACACUAUGAACAGUGAACGCCAUGAACAGUGAACGCCAUGAACAGUGAACACCAUGAACAGUGAACACCAUGAACAGUGAACGCCAUGAACAGUGAACGCCAUGAACAGUGAACACCAUGAACAGUGAACGCCAUGAACAGUGAACACCAUGAAAAGUGAACACAAUGAACAGUGAACACAGUCUCUCAAGUUGUCUACAGCACCACCAACAUGUCACUCUCCAGACUCAGAAAACUGAAAUAAGACAACUGUCACAACCCCCAGAACAUAAUGGGGGUCGAACCAAUGGUAAGUCAGCUUCAGGACACCGUCCAAGCCAUGCAUUCGAACCCCCACCAGCUGUGAGAGUCGCAAAACGCAGGCAAAACUAACACUUACCAACAUUAUGAAAAUAUUUUUUAAGUGUGUUUGGGUUAGAGAAGACCCUGCCAAGCAUGGGCCAGUAGGCCUCCUGCAGUGUUCUUUCUUUAUGUUCUUAUUCAACAACAUAUUACCUUAAUAUUCUCAACAUUUUUACAGCUCAGUGUCAACUGGCCGAUGAAAAAAAAAAAAAUCUACCAGUCAGGGAAUAAAGACAAUAUAUAAGGGCAAGUAAUGUUUAUUUUUUAUAAAACUUAAGAGAAGAGACUGAGACUGUGUCAACCUUGAGUGUCGACACUGUUUACAUCACAUCCUUGCUCAGUAUUCUUGCUGCAUCUCUUGUGAAAUUAACACUGGGUGAAACCAGCCAUAUAUAUAUAUAUAUAUAUAUAUA